AUGUGGUUUAGACUUUAGCCGGCGUCACGCCCCAAAAAAGUUUACAGCCGGACUCUGGUUAAGAGCGGAACAUAUUCAUUUACACACUUACACUUUUACACACACUCUUAUACUGUAACCCAUAGAAGACCCUUAACAUUUCUUUAUUUUAAGAAAGAAAAUGUCGCACACGGUUGUUACGACCACAUCCACGACUGCGACUGCGACUGCGAGUUCGUCGGAUGGAGGAAUUUUAAACCUCGGUUAUUGUCGCUCUUUUCCCGGAUUAAUAAAAUUGGCCCAAUUGGUGACCCUAUUGAUCGCCUUCCUGUGUAUCCACUGCGCCCCCACAUGGACGCAUUACGACGGGUAUCGCUACUUCGAGGUGGUCACGUUGUGGUUCUUCUUCGCCUUCCUCAUCUUCUUCCUCAUGUACGUGUUCAGGCUGCAGGCCAAACUCGCCUGCAUUAACUGGACGCUGACGGUGAUUUUUUCACUACGCCUUGGGCACCAUCCUGAUCUGCAUCGCCUCCAUCAUAGGAGCAGUGAAGAGCUACAACUUCUCUGCUCUCCUGGCUGGAUCUAUUUUCGGCUUUAUUGCAACUUUUCUUCUUGCGAUCAGUUUAUGGACAUCGUACAAAGUCACGUGCGGCUCUCGGCAAACCAGUAUUGCUGUGUAACGGGACCCGAUCCAAAGACACAAGAAGGAAUAAAUUUGAUCAGCUACUGUAUCUCGAGUGCCUCCGAUGUGCUGAGAGUUCAGCCCCGUCCGGAUCGCUGCAGCUUAUACGAUUUGGAAACAUUCUCCUUAACCCUAGAUUCACACGAGCAGAUGUCAUUCAGAGUUGGUCUGUUUUGGAUGUGUGGUGAACGCUGCUAUUGUCGUUUGUUGUUUUUUUUUUUUUUUUUUAGGGGGUGGCGGCUUGUCCAGCAACAAAAUGUUGCUUAAACAUCACGAGACAUUCACUAUCGUGCAUAUACAUAGAAACAUAAAGACUGCCUGUCGCUUGCUCGUGUGAAGGUAAGAACAAGGUCCCAGUGUGAAACAGAGAAGGCGAAGCGUCAGGAUUGACUCAGCAGGUUUGAACCGACAUGUUACUGAAUGUUGAUUUUAUUAUAUUCACUAUUGCAGUAUUAAAAUUCCUCAUUAAAGAAUUUAAAGUUCAGAUUCAGUAUUUUAUACACGAGAUUUUUCUUAUUUCAGUCUUAUUCACUGCAGCUUUGAGGUAGGUUUAAAUAUACAGUUAAUCUUUAUUAUUAUUAUUAUUAUUCCAUUUAUACCAAAAAGUGUUUUGUUUAUUAUUUUUUUAAAGAUAGUUUUGCUUAAAUUUAGACGUCUGGAGUACAGUGCUGGAUUUGGAGUGAUUCAUAGAGUUAUUAUCAACUUUUCAAAGGUCAAUAUUUCCUUUUUGUACACUUAAAUCACUGUGUAAAGUGCUUUCUCGCGCGCUCUCUUUAAAAAAACAACAAAAACAAACAAACAGGAAAAAAAACAAAUCCCACGUUUUACUGUGUUUGCUAGUGGCAAAAAUGCAAAAAAAAUAAUAAAUAUACAACUAUCCAAA